AUGCUGGGAACCUGGGUGCUGCUGCUGCUGGGCCUCAGGCUACAUCUGUCCCUUGGCUUCAUCCCAGUGGAGGAGGAGAACCCAGCCUUCUGGAACCAAAAGGCAGCCGAGGCCUUGGAUGCCGCCAAGAAGCUACAGCCCAUUCAGACAUCAGCCAAGAACCUCAUCAUCUUCCUGGGGGAUGGGAUGGGGGUGCCCACGGUGACAGCCACUCGGAUCCUAAAGGGACAACUGAAUGGCCAUCUGGGACCUGAGACACCACUAGCCAUGGACCUCUUCCCAUACAUGGCUCUGUCCAAGACAUACAGCGUGGACAGACAGGUACCAGACAGUGCAAGUACAGCCACAGCCUAUCUAUGCGGGGUCAAAGCCAACUACAAGACCAUUGGCUUGAGUGCAGCAGCUCGUUUUGAUCAGUGCAACACGACAUUUGGAAACGAAGUCUUCUCGGUGAUGUACCGUGCCAAGAAAGCAGGAAAGUCUGUGGGAGUGGUGACCACCACCAGGGUGCAGCAUGCUUCUCCAGCUGGCACUUAUGUUCACACGGUGAACCGCAACUGGUAUGGAGAUGCUGACAUGCCUGCCUCAGCACUGCAGGAAGGCUGCAAGGACAUCGCCACUCAGCUCAUCUCCAACAUGGACAUCAAUGUGAUCCUUGGUGGGGGCCGAAAAUACAUGUUUCCUGAGGGGACGCCAGACCCUGAGUAUCCAAAUGAUGUUAACGCAACUGGAACCAGGCUGGAUGGACGGAACCUGGUAGAGGAGUGGCUGUCCACGCGCCAGGGAUCCCGGUAUGUUUGGAACCGUGAAGAGCUCAUUCAGGCAUCCCUGGAUCCAUCAGUGACAUACCUCAUGGGUCUCUUUCAGCCUGUAGACACAGAAUUCGAGAUCUACCGAGACCGCAUGCUGGACCCGUCCCUGAAGGACAUGACAGAGGCAGCCCUUCGAGUGUUGAGCAGGAACCCCAAAGGGUUCUACCUCUUUGUGGAGGGGGGCCGCAUCGACCGUGGUCAUCACCUGGGCACAGCUUACCUGGCGCUGACAGAAGCUGUCAUGUUCGACUCUGCCAUCGAAAGGGCAAGCGAACUCACCAGUGAGCAGGACACGCUGACCAUUGUCACCGCUGACCACUCCCAUGUCUUCUCUUUUGGUGGCUACACACUUCGGGGGACCUCCAUCUUUGGACUGGCCCCCCUCAAGGCUUCGGAUGGCAAGUUCUACACCUCCAUCCUGUACGGCAAUGGCCCGGGUUAUGUUGGUACAGGCGAACGGCCCAAUGUCACAGCUACGGAAAGCAGUGACCCCACAUACAGGCAGCAGGCGGCUGUGCCCGUGGGGUCUGAGACCCAUGGCGGCGAGGACGUGGCCAUAUUCGCGCGUGGCCCGCAGGCUCACCUGGUGCACGGAGUGCAGGAGCAGAAUUACAUCGCGCAUGUCAUGGCCUUUGCUGGUUGCCUGGAGCCCUACACCGACUGCCGCCUGGCGCCCCCUGCCGACCAGAGCAGCAGCACCACCACCCCAGGUCAGAGCCACCCCAACAGCCCCGGACAGAGCGCAGUCGGGAACCUGGGCCCAGCCACUGCCCCGCUGUCCCUGCCACUGCUGGUUGGAACACUGCUGUUGCUGGUCGGGGCAACGCCCUGA